AUGGCCGGUCGCGAACUGAAGGCGCUGUUGAACAGUGGCGAGCAGGGCGCUACUUACACUGCUAUGAUAUCGAUCGCUGGCGCCACUGUGGAUCUCCCCCCCGAGCAGAGGAAGUGCUUCUCCGAUGAUAAGCACCCUUUCAGAGCGACCUCCUUCGACUUUCUCGCCUGCGUGGUAGUUCGGAAGUGCGUGUCCCCGUCGCUCCAGGAGGCGAUACAGGUGGUGCCCUCCAAUGUUGUCGCGGAUAUCGUCGCGGGUGGUGAGGACGCGCACGUGGCGAUUGACCGUUUACUUGGAUGUAAGCUGGUCGCGUUCUGCAUCUGGACCGGAGUUCUUAACGACCUUGACGCGGUUGUUGGACACGACCCUGCGCCUCGCAUCGCCAAGCCAAUUGCCAGGAGUCUGACCACAUUGCGGCAGGAUGCAAAACGCGCCGCGGAGGAGCUCGCGUUCAGGUCCAGGUGCGGUAUCGCGGACGGCCAUGGGUGGGAUGCUCAUGGCAAUGAACGUUUGAGGUCGCACGAACAGCCGGCGGGAUCACAUGUUUCGGGUCGCGAUGCAAUCGCACUCAAUACAGCGCUUGCCCUCGCGAACGCAGGGGAGGGGGAGCAGGGGAUGCCGGACAAGGAGGAGGGCUCGAGCUCUGACCGCGACGAGGACGCCCCUGUGAACGCGACGCAGGGUCUAGGUGCCAAGAAGGCGCGGGAGGAGGCCGACGAGGCAGAGGGACAGGGUCGCGGACAGGACGAAGGGGACGAUGCGGAGGAUGACCAGCGCGGUGAUUUGGAGCUGGAGUGUUCGGAAGAACUGGAGGGGGAAGAGGACGACGAAGAGGAUGAGGAAGAGGAGGAAGAGGUGGAGGAAACCCUCGCGACCAACAAUGCCGGGCGUGCGGCGAGCGCGGUCGUGGGUGCAGGGAAGAGUAUUCGUGGUCUGCAGGCUAUGCUCUCCCCCCGUCACGGUAGCGCGACCCCGUCUACAGAGUACGCGGGCAAGAGUCCGGUCGCGGGCAAGCGUAAACACUCGGAGCUGGUGAAGAUGGAUCCUGCGAAGCUGGCCGCGGAGAUCCUCCGCUUGGACGAGCAGAUGAAAAAUCAGAAGCGCAAGCUGGACGAGGUCGUGUCCGCAAAGCCAGGCACAGAACACCCGGUGGUGAUCACGCAGAGCUACGACGAGCUCGUGGCUACGGUGGAGAAGGCGCUGCUUCACGUGUAG